AUGAAGAAUAAACAGGUUGGUGAUCACUCCAAUUGUCCAAAACCUCCAAUUAUGGUCCAUUCCUCCAGUUGUCCGAAGUCAGUUGAUCCAUCUCAUCCAAAACAAAAUAAAAAUGUUGAUCACUCUUCCUCUCUUCCAAAUUUGGUAAGUUCAUCCAUUCCAGUAAAAAAUUUCUUCAACAGAAUUAGUGAAGAGGUUUAUCAUAAUAGGUUUUGUCAUAGGCCUGUGUUACUAGAGCGUGGUGCUCAGUUGGAUAAGAUGACAAAUUUGGACUGUGCUGUUAUUUUUGGUUUGCGACAUUGGAAUUCUAUAGUUGAAAUAGAUAUGAACGAUAGAGCUUAUGAUGGAUUAGUGAGGAUAUUUUAUGCAAAUAUGCAUGAUGUUGAGAAGGAAGAAUUGAAGUUUAAAUCUUAUAUGAGGAAUGUACAUUUUGAAGUGAACCUGGAUUUGAUUUCAAAGAUAUUGAAUGUUCCCUCACCCUUUAUUGUUGAAAAUAUUGUGACAUACCCAUUCAAGAAUCUUGGUGAUCAACCUACCCUCGAGGAUGUUGCAACAGAACUUUAUGAUGAUUAUGAUACCGGGGCAAGUACUUCAGGGGAUAUUGUACAAAUGCUUAAACAGAUUUUGGUAAAUCAAGAGGAGUUGCAGCAAGAAAUGAAGGAGUCUCUCGAGCAAAUAUGUGAAGACACAAAAAAGUCUCUCAAGCAGCUCCGUGACGACACCAAGGAGUCUCUCAGGUAG